UCAUCGAGGGGUCCCCCGCCCACAUCUCCAAUGAGAGACCCCAUUGAAUAUAACAAUAUAUAAGUGGACUCCUACCUUCUUCUCUGUCGCUGUGGAAUUGAGCAGGAAAGCCAGACUGAAAAAAUAAAAAUGCAGAUCUUCGUGAAAACCCUAACGGGGAAGACAAUCACUCUCGAGGUAGAGAGCUCCGACACCAUUGACAAUGUCAAAUCCAAGAUUCAGGACAAGGAAGGCAUCCCUCCUGACCAGCAAAGAUUGAUCUUUGCUGGUAAACAAUUGGAAGAUGGCCGAACUCUUGCUGAUUAUAACAUCCAGAAAGAGUCAACACUUCACCUGGUUCUGAGGCUUAGGGGAGGGACUAUGAUCAAGGUGAAGACUCUCACAGGGAAAGAAAUUGAAAUCGACAUUGAACCAACUGAUACCAUCGAGCGAAUCAAGGAGAGGGUUGAGGAAAAAGAGGGAAUCCCUCCUGUGCAGCAAAGACUCAUCUAUGCUGGCAAGCAGCUUGGAGAUGACAAGAUAGCUCGUGACUACAACAUCGAGGGUGGCUCUGUACUUCAUCUAGUGCUUGCACUGAGGGGUGGAAAUCUCUAAAAUAAGUGUAUUAGUUUUUUUUACCUACAGACUUUGCUGAGCAAUACUCCUAUGAUGGACGAAAUUGAGUUUUCAACCCGUGGUGUGUGUGGAUAAACCUAAUUACAUGUCAGGAAACUUGUGCUUCAAAAAUCUUAUGUAACUCGAAUUGGGUUUAUAUUACCUUUCCCUGUUAAUAAACCCUAUUUUCCUGCUUCAUUCGAGAAAUUUGAUAUCAAUGGACAGCGGUUAUGGACCCAGGUGA